AAUAGUUGUUUGACCGUGCCUAGCCUAGUAUCGAUACUUAUGUUUUCAACUACUCGAUAAUUUAUAAGCAAUGGACAACAAUGGAAUAAAGGACAAUUUACGCCCGCCAGCUGCAAAAAAGAUUAAAACUGACAAUUUUGGCAUUACAGCUAUACUCUCCGAUGACUACAAAAAGGAUAUAACGCUGAUGCAGGUGCACAGCUGCGAAGUGGAGAGUAAACAACAGCUGCAGGCAGUCAUCAAAGAGCUCGCCCUGAAGCUGCCACAUUUUCAGCAUUUGAAACGCGUUCAUGAAAGAAAUGUAUUAAUAUGUCCAUCAGAUGAUAUUAAAGACACGCUGGAGCAGCAUUUGCAGUUACAUCAAAUCUCGGAGAAUGUGUUAAAGACGCUGUGUCGCAAUGUAAAUGUGAUUGAAGUGCCUGCCAGCUCGGCCAAGCUACGCGUCCAAUACGAACAGAUGACCAAAUAUUGGCCAUGCAAAUUUCAUCCAGAUAAAUACGCUGAAUCUUUACAAAAUGGCAGUAAUUUCACAGUUAGUCAAAGAGCUUACCAUAAGCGAAUGGCCGAGCUGCUCUGGAAACUAUCGAAGGAUGUGAAUGAUGGACAAAAUGUGGGCAUUUGCGUAGAUCCGCGAAGGCCUAGCAUUGUGGCCAUAGCAGCUGCAGGCGACGGCAGCAGUCACCAGCAUUGCGUCAUGUGGCUGGUGGAUCAUGUGGCACGCAGCCAACGUGGCGGAGCCUGGCAAACGGAUCAGCAGUUCGUCAAGGACGAACCGCAUACAAAGAGCACCUUAAGUGGCUUGCCACAAAUCUUUUACGACUAUCUAAAGCAAGACGCAGCUUGUCAGGAUUUACGCCUGGGCGCUGAGCUCCCCAGGAGAGAGGAGCAGCAGCCACAGCCCGAGCCAGUCGAGGAUAUCCAUGCCGAUAAUCUAUGCAAAUAUGGUCCUUACUUAUGCACCGGCUAUGACGUCUACUUGCUGCGUGAACCCUGUCUGAUGUGCUCCAUGGCGCUCGUUCACAGUCGAGUCAAACGCAUCUUCUUUCUCGAGCGAUCCGACAAUGGAGCACUGGCCAGCAAAUUCCAGUUGCACGCAGUCAAGGAGCUGAACCACCAUUACGAAGUCUUCCAAUUCACGAUGUGACAAAUUUUUUCAAAAAAACUUUUGUUUCUUUUUUAGUUUAAUGCACUGAAUAGAUUUUUGUGU